GUCUGUGAUUAUACUCCAUUUUCGUAAAUAUGCCGCAUUGAGGGCAAAUUUGGCAAUGGUACAUGGUACAGUAGUUGAAGCAUUUGAAACGAGGACUUUGAAAGAGCAUGACACGCUGAGGUUGACAUGAAAUGAACAUUUUAGUGCCAAGUAUGAAGUAUCGAAGUGUAAUUACAUGUCAGGCCGCAUGACCGAGCGUAACUUACAGACGUUACAUUAAAGUAAUGUUUGUUCGAAGUCUCUUUAAAAACCCUCGCAGAUUACUUAACGUUUAUUAUUUUCUCGUAUGUUAGACGUACCUUUACCGCCUCAGCCCAAAUGCCACAUAGUUUGUGGUAAAAGUAGUACACCAGACACUAAGACGUCACGUCCAACCCGAUGAUGGAGCAGCUGAUGAAUUACUAUUGUUCUCGUUUAUGAACUUGGAUGCGGAGGACAAAGCCGGUAUCACCACCCCUCAUACCUAGCGCUGAUGCUACCCUGCGAUGGUUGGCUUUGAUCCGUCAUCAAAAUCAAAAUUGGAUAGUGUUGAAUACAGUAUUGCAGGCGCUGGCAGUGGAGCAAUAACUAGAUUUUUAUGCCAGCCAUUGGAUGUCUUGAAAAUAAGAUUUCAGCUCCAAGUAGAACCAAUAUCCAAGAAGUAUGCAGGCUCAAAAUACAAGAGUGUACUACAAGCUGUUAAGUGUAUUGCCCAAGAAGAAGGCAUUUCAGCUCUGUGGAAAGGACAUAUACCAGCACAGUGCCUUUCUGUUGUGUAUGGUGUUGCUCAGUUUAUAUCAUUUGAAACAUUGACAAGUCAGUGUUGGAAAUAUUUUCCAACAGUAUACAGUGACCACAGAGCCAUACUGCAUUUUUCCUGUGGUGCAGCAUCGGGAUGCUUUGCUACAUUAGUAUCAUUUCCUUUUGAUGUUGUUCGGACGCGUCUUGUUGCUCAAGGAGAGCCUAAGGUGUACAGAGGCAUCACGCAUGCUUUCUCAGUUAUUUACUCAAAACAUGGAACAUUAACGUUUUUCAGGGGUCUAAGUCCAACUUUAAUCCAGAUAGCACCUCAGACUGGUGCACAAUUUGGAUUUUAUCAGGCUUUCACAAAUUUGUGGGUGAACAUUGGUGCAGGACGAGACACUAACAGGAAUACACAGAUUUUCUUGUAUGAGUCUUUGAUCUGUGGUUCCCUGGCUGGAAUUUGUGCAAAGGCAUUAGUUUACCCCUUGGAUCUUGCAAAAAAAAGGUUACAGAUUCAGGGAUUUGAAACAGCAAGAAGCAGUUUUGGAAAGCGCUGCCACAUCGAUUCAACAUCAUCCACCACACAGCAUCCACAUCUAAAGUGCAGAGCACCUGGAAGAUGUGAAUAUGUAAAACACAUUUGGCAUCCUGCUCAGGUAUUUCAGUGCAACGGGUUACUCCACUGUAUAGCAACAAUAGUAAAAACAGAAGGUUCUGCAAGUCUCUUAAAAGGAUUGUGGCCAAGUCUGUUAAAAGCUGCUGCCACAACUGCUAUUCAUUUUGCUGCUUAUGAGCAGAUAUGUGCCUUCUUGCUCUCAUUUCAUCACUAGUGUGGGAUGAGGUUGAUAUAUCUCUUCUGUGAUACAUCUUCCCAUAUUUAUAUAUUGGAUCAUCAAAACUGUUUAUUAUAAACAUUAAUAUUUUACACAAAUAAUUCUACUGUAUUUGGUAUAAAAUAUUAUUUAUUCUAUUGCUUUUACAAUGAGACUUAAAAACUGCAACUGAUUUUUGUAUAUUUUCUGUGACAUAUUUACUUCAGUUGUACCCUAAAGAAUUAAAACUACUAAGCACAGUCAGAAAUAUUGUACAAAUAAUGCCACUAUUUUAGCAUACGCUACAUUAUCUUUGCUGUGAUAUCAAAACUGUAUUCAUUGUAUAAUAAUUGACGUACUUUGGAAAAAAAAAAGUGUUUCAUUCUGAGUAAGCUGUUACAGAUUUUUAUGUGCCUCUGGUACUCACUUUUUAAGCUCAUUUAUUAAUAAGAAGUGUGAAAGCAUUGAGUUACUGUUUCAGGCACAGGCACAUUGGUUAUGAUUUCAAAUUGCCUUCCUGUAACUGCUAAAAUUUGUGCCUGUCCCAGGAACAGAAUGCACAUUUAUGUGAUGUGAAGAAUUCAUACAACUGAACUUUCUGGAGCACGUAGUGUGUAGUGCCUUAGAAAAGUAGCAGGCAGUACAGUUUUUCAAGAAAAACAUUCCAUGAAGAACCUAAGCACCAAAUGUAUGUUACAUGUUUCUUUCAUUCUCUGUGUUGAUGCUGUUGAAGUACACAAGGUUUCCAAAUUAACAAGUCUCAUAAAGAGAUUUAAAAACUGACUCUCAGUAGCAAGGAACUGAAAAGCAAUUACCCAAGGCAAAGGAUUAGGGUAAUGCAGAAAUGAAGAAAUGAUUUGGAUGUGAGGAUGAGGGGAGGUUGCCAGUGAUAAACAAACUCAGAGAUACGACAUUUUUAUUUUUAAAAUAUUUGUGGUGGAAAAUAUAUGCUUAUGUCUCUUAUAUGUAAGUGAAGGUUUCAUAAAGAGUUUUCUUUACUUUUUAUAGUCAUUUCUAAGCAAAUUACAUUUGAGUCAGAAUAUAAAUAUUUAAGUUAUAUUUUCUUAUCAAAAUAUUUUUGUAAGUACCCAUAAUGACCACUUUAUUAACAAGUUUUGAGACUUUUUUUUUUAAGAAAAGUAGUGAUUAUGUAGGUCUUGUUAGCUAUAAUAUGUGAAACUAAAAAUAGUCUGUGAAAAAACAAUCCCUCAAAAAUAAAAAAAAAAUAUUCCUUAGGACAGAUAACAUCAGACUACUGACCAGAAAAAUAUAUAUGAAAUGUAUUUACAGAAUUACUAUGAAGCUGCAAAAUUUCCUGUUUUUCUAUGUUUCAUGACUACUGUAUGCUCUGUGCCUUUCAUCUGUUUAAAAGUGAAGUUAUAUUUGGCUGUUUUGCAACGAAGUAGUAAGGGAGUCUUAUAUCACAUAAUAUUAUUCUUCUUCUUUUUUCUAUAAAAAAUGUCUUAAAAUCGCAGUAUUUUCUUGUGUUAAUUUUAUUGCAUUUAAUUUAACAUUUGUAGAAACACAAAAAUACACAUUUUUAACAAUGAAUAACUAUUAACAGUAGGAAAAAGUACCUACAUCUACAUGUGAAACUUAUUUGUACAGAUAGCAGCACUGGUAAUAUUGUUUGAACAUAAACUCAAAACAUUUGUAAUUGCUUAAUCCAGUUAUAACACCACUUUUAACUAUUUCAAAUCUAGGAUGUGUGCUGCUUUCUCCUGGACUACUGAACUAAUUCUGUGAGAGCAAUGUUAAUGUGAAGUCCAAUGCUUAUAACUUUACAG